AUGGUGUUUCGAAGGCGUUCAUCGUUGGAGGCUGAUAACCUGAAGAUGCGACAGUCACACCGAUGCAUCAAUGGUCAGAUAGGAAGAAGCUGGGCUUUGCGGUUUGCAAGUGCUGGCUACCUGGUGGCGCUGUACGACGUCAUCCCUGAGCGCGUGACGCGCACUCUUGAGUCAUUGCUGGAGCAGUUACACAGCCAGUCACGUGAUGGCCUUCUCCGGGGUACCCUGGGGGUGGAGGAGCAGUGGGGGAGGAUACGGGGUGUACAGGAUCUAGGGGAAUGUGUCACCGGCGCUGUCUGGGUACAGGCCAACCCGCCCUCGUGCUCGAGAGUCGCUGAGCUCGUGCCUGCUCCUUGGACAGCCCCAGAAACCGUGACUCGGGCCCAGGACCUGAUAAAGGCGAUCGGACAGUCUCCCAUCACGCUCAAGAAAGAAAUCCCAGGAUUCAUCCUCAACCGAAUGCAAUAUGCAAUCAUGGCGGAAAGUUACCGACUCGUAAAGGGUGGAUUUCUCAGCCCUGAUGGUGUCAAUAAGACUUUGUCUGCUGGACUUGGAAGACGAUAUGCCUUCCUCGGGCCUUUCCAAACUGCACAUCUCAAUGCUGAAGGGUUUGGAAGCUACUGCGAGCGGUACGCAGAUAUGAUUCACCGGGUGCAGCAGUCGUUCGGUGCCCCUCAGCAGAUGGGUGGGGCUCUGGCGGAGCACAUACAGGAGGAGAUGGCAAAGGAGGUACCCCUGGACAGGCUGGGGGGAGGCCAGGAGAAGAAGGGAAGCCAAGAUGGCAGCGCUUGGAAAACUCAAAGAAGAUUUGGACGCCGUCAAGUUAUAGAAAUACGGGAUAUCAAAGAUAUAAACACAGUCAUUAUUAUAUCCGAUUAA